CUGUCUAUGAUUGCAGACAUAGACAGUAGCCUGUAUAAGAUUGCAACCACCACCAACUGGUAUGGAGUGAAAGAUCCGCUCAACCAAGUAUUUCAAUUAGGACAACUAUAUGAUCAGAUUUUAUUUUUUUUAUACUACGCUCUGAGUGACUAUAUUUUAAGCUAAUCAGUAAUGAGAUUGAAUCUGAGUAAGGUCCUGCUACAUGUAUAGCUAGCUAUGUAGUUUGUGUUAGUUAACAACGUUACCUGCUAACAUCCAGAAUCGAAGAACCAAGAUUUGAUGCUCUCUGUUUUAAAACAGCUUAAGUGCACACGUUAAGAAAAACUGAGAACUUAUUUAACAAUCACUAAAUUAAGCUGGAAGCUAAUAUAGGCUACUGUGAAAACAAAAAAGACAGUACGGUCAAUAGUGUGGCUUAGUUUAGUUCUGUUAUUCUGUUUCUGUAUUUAGGUCCAGUUGUACCUAGCUUUUAGUCUUUUUUAAGUUGAGAUUGCUCUGCUAAUUUAACAAUUCUACUGGGGAAAUUGUAGUCUCGGCCUUAUGUUCAGAAUUGAAUUCAGGAAAUAUUUUUAGUCAAUCCAAAUUAUAAAUAAAAAAGUGUUCACUGAUAUGCUACAGGAUUUUAAGAAAGGUAAUAUUGCCUACCUUUCAGUUAAGUUUUUAUUUAUGUAUUAUUAGUAUUUUAUUUUUGCUUCCGUUUUUAUUUUAAUUAUUCUUUUUUAUAUGUUGCUGUAGGCCUACAUUUAUGUCCUGAUAAGAAUAUACCGCCUUAAUGAGAGUGAAGACAGAACUUGUUAUAUCUUAGUAUGAUGCCGAACUGUUUUUAUGCUGUUUAAAAAAAAGUUAAUGGAAAAAAAACGCUCCAUUGUCCUGAGUAGGAACCGAACUGAUUCAGGUAACGUUAACCGUUCUUUAGUGUUAUCAUCUGCUUAUUUUAGCUAGCUAGCUAGCUAAGAAAACAUUAGCAAUUUGUCUUCCUUUGUAGCCUAUGUGUUUGCUUUAUACUUUAUUUAUCGUAACAGGUGGGUUGAUAUUGCAUUACACAUAUCCAGAAGUUUGUUUUGUUUGAAUAAGCCAAUUUAAAGUUUGUAAUUCGACACUAAUUCCACUAGAUGGCAGCCGUUAAUAAUCAGCAAAGCUUGACACUGACUUGGUUUGCUACAAACUAUCAUUGGUGAUGAUGAAACUAUGAUGCACAGUAGCUAAAAACACACAAAAGACUGCCACACAAGGCCACAUAUGUGUUUAGCUUAUCUACUGCAGAUACUUGUUUCCUCACACUUGACAUGAAGGUUAAUUUCGUGACUACUGGGAUUUGGGUGAUUUUGUAACAUUUGAUGUCUGUUUAUAAAACCUGAAAGUUGUUCAUUUUGAAAUGUGGACUUAAACUCCCUUGGGUGUGAGGAAAGUUGUAUGGGCUCAUCAGUUAGCAUUAUUGUCUUGAAGAUGUUGGGUUUACCAGCUGGGCUAACUGAGGUGUGUUCGUGUGGGGCACUCUUUCCUCGAAACAAACUUAUAAACAGAUAGAAUAGGUCAAAAGCACAGGUUGAAUUUCCCCCAGUGGAUAAGUAAUCUCAUAUCCUUAUCAUUUCUAUUCCUGGGGAGCAUGUCAGGUUCUGUACAACCUUGAAGAUGAAGGCGAAGAAGGAAGGUUCUUCAGUCCACUAUAAACAAGGAAGGAGAUCCUUAAAGAAAUCUCCAGACUCCUGCAGUGCAAAAGCAGAUGAUCCAGAUGCCAGAAAAAUGUAUGACUAGCAGCCAAGCAAAACAAAGAUGUCUCCCAGUCCCCAAAUACUUGCAGUUCAGAGAAGCUGCUUACUGCAGCUGUACCCUGACAUGUGAUAUUAAUUAAUGGUCCAGAAGGAACGUUUUAGGGUGCAAAAUGUACUGAAAGGCUGCUGGCACAGUUUGUAGGACAGCUCUGGCUCUGGAAGCGAUUAGCCCUCAAAGCUUGGGCUUUGACUGCCAGAUGCAGGGGAUAAUGGAUAAAACUGCAGAAGGAAAGAUGGAGAGGUGUGUGCAGCCAGCCACACAGACAUGCAAGUUGUGGCAGGCCAGUAGAUGAUGAAGCGAUGGAGAUGUUAGGAGGCCAUGGCCAUUGUGAUGCUGGGUGGCUGUUACUCUGGAACUGCCAUCUGCCGAAAAGGUCAGUUGCUAGGGGACGAUUCUCCUGGACCGUGUCUGCCUCCCAGCUGCCAUCCACACACCCACACGCACUGGCUUGGGGUGCUGUGUAAUGAUAUCCUCAGCCUGAAGGUGGCAGGAGAUCCAGUGCUAACCCCUAACUCAGUGUGCCUGAGGUUGGCAGGCCUCAGUAAACGUCAGAUGCGGAUGUGUGUGCGGAGCCCCGAUGUGACGGCCUCCGCUCUGCAGGGCAUCCAGGUGGCCAUUCACGAAUGCCAGCACCAGCUCCGGGACCAGCGCUGGAACUGCUCCUCACUGGAGGGCCUUGGCAAGCUUCCCCACCACAACACCAUCCUCAACAGGGGUUUUCGCGAGAGUGCCCUCUCUCUGGCCUUGUUGGCAGCGGGUGUGGCUCACUCUGUGGCCUCGGCCUGCAGCAUGGGCAAGCUGCGGGGGUGUGGCUGCGAGGCCAAGCGUCGCCAGGACGAUGACAAGAUCCGGCUGAAACUCACACAGCUGCAGCUGCAGACCCUGCAGAAGGGUGGAGUAGGCCUCAGCAUGACACGGUCAUUACCCUCAGAGCUAAACGGUCACCAUGGCGACCUGCCCGCUAGCCUGCGCUCUACCCACCCCUCCGCCCCGCUCAAGCCUUUACCAGAUGAGCUUAGCUCCAUGCAGGAGACAUGGGAGUGGGGGGGCUGCAGUCAUGACGUCCGCUUUGGGGACCGUUUUUCCAGGGACUGGCUGGACUCCCGCGGGUCUCCAAGAGACAUCCACGCUCGCAUGAGGAUACACAACAACCGGGUGGGACGACAAAUAGUGACUGACAACAUGAAGAGGAAGUGCAAGUGUCAUGGCACAUCAGGGAGCUGUCAGUUUAAGACCUGCUGGCAUGUGUCUCCAGAGUUCAGGGUUGUGGGUUCUCUACUCAAGGAAAAGUUCCUGUCAGCCAUCUUUGUCAACUCUCAGAACAAGAACAAUGGGGUUUUCAACCCUCGAACGGGAAACGGCGCCAGCGGGAGCACAGGGGGACUCAAUGGAGGCCGCCGUCGAACCAUGUCCAGAGAGCUGGUGUACUUUGAGAAGUCUCCUGAUUUCUGUGAGCGUGAUGCGUCCGUAGACUCUCCGGGUACACAAGGACGCAUCUGCAACAAAACCAGCUACAGCACAGACAGCUGCGGCUCGCUGUGCUGCGGCCGUGGACACAACAUCCUGAAACAGACACGCAGCGAGCGCUGCAAUUGCAGGUUCCACUGGUGUUGCUACGUGCUGUGCGAGGAGUGUCGUCUCACAGAGUGGGUCAAUGUGUGCAAGUAGAUUCCAGUUCUCCCAGUCCCAGCUGCCUUUACCCAUCCAGAACUCAGGAUGGCGAGCCUGUCCCUUCGCCCACUCCUUUUGUCCGAGCGUUUGUUUUGCUCCUUGUGUAACUGUCCCAAAAAUCGGUUUAUACCCCCCUUUCCUUUUUUUUGGUCCAUCAUCUGGGAUCUAUUUUCUCUUUGUAGCCACUGUUAUUCUCAAAAUGCCAAGUCAGAGAUUGAAGAGGUGACUCAUGUCAUUUGUCUUGCCAUGGUCUGUUUAGACCAUGCCCUCUCAGCCAUGAAAAAAGCCUAUACCCAAUCUUUUCUAUCCCACAAAAAAAAGAAGAGUAACAGCAGAGAAGCAUUUCUAUUUCAAUGUCUACAUGCUGACUCAUCUCAUUGUACAGUAGUUCUGCUUUUUAAUGUGUUCAUGUAUAUUUGUAAAUGUAUUAUUAUUAAUAUUAUUAUUGUGUUGGAGCCUGUCUCUUUGGUUCUAGUUACUGACAGACUUGUGCUGUUAGACAACAAAGUCUUAGCGCAAUUUAUCUCACAUUCAACUGGGCUCUUCUAAUGAUCUCCAAGAUAUUUUCUCAAUUUGUAUAUUUUGCACCUGUGACUCGGACAGAGCAACAGUACUUAUUUUGGGGUCGGUCACAAAAUCUUGGGUUUUACUAAUAGAAGAAGACAAGAUAAGGGACAGUGUUUUUUUGUGGUAUAUGAAGGACUGAUAUAUCAGGAUAGAAAGCACAUAAGCUUAUUAAACUUGUAUAGUUGUAAAACUCAAGAUGGGAAAGUUUUGGAGACAAAAUAAGUCUUUGAAUUUCUUACGCUGAACAACUAAUCAUUCAGAUUUAUUUAAACCAUUGUAACAAUACUAAUUUCAUGGGAGUGGUCACUAGUGGUGAUGUGUUUCAUGAAUAUAACUGUGAUGUGAUGUGAUGUGUGUCACCUUUCCUAUGAAAUCAUGACUCAACUCUUUUA